UAUGGUUGAAUCUGUGUCUCCCAAAUGUAUAAUUCAGAGCGAGAGAGAAGAAGUACAGUGGAAAUCAUUUGAGCAGAGUAGAGCCAUGGCAGCCAUGGAUUGGUUCUCUUGGCUUUCGAAAACAACCCUAGAUCCUUCACUGGUGUACGAGUACGGCCUCGCCUUCGCCCACAACGAGCUCGAGGAAGACGACAUCGUCUACUUCAACCACGAAUUUCUCCAGAGCAUGGGAAUCUCCAUAGCCAAGCACCGUCUCGAGAUCCUCAAGCUCGCUCGCAAGGAGAACGCCCUCCAUCCGCGCCCGGUCACUCGUCUUCUGCUCGCAAUCAAGAGGACCAAGCGCUGUUUCUCCAAUCUGAUUCGGAAUUUCUCUCACGCUCACCGCCGCGCCGACGACAGCAAAGCCCUAGUCGUCGUCCCCAAAUCCACCUACGCCGGGAAAUUGCUGAAGAGGAACAAGAAAUUGAUCAUUGCCAAACAGCAGGGGAGCUUGCUGCUCACCAACGGAUCGAGUCCGGCGCCGGCGCCGCCGCGAGCAGAUAGCUUUUCCGGCCCGAUCGUGUACAAUCUGCGGAGGGAGGAGGAGGAGGAUGGAUAUUGGGGAAAUGGCGUGGAGGAGAUCAGGUGGGAUACAAUGUUCCAGAAUUUGAAACCUACUUGAAAAUUUUGUUUGUUCUUUGUGAAAAUUCUUGUGUGUUAACAAUUUCUGAGUUAGAUUGGUUUUGAUUUUGAUGGUGAGAGAUAGGUUUUUGUGUUCUUCCACCAAUAGAUAGAUCAUAGAGAUAGAUAUCAAGGCUGUGAUUGGGAAUUGGGAGUGCCUUUUUUCUUUUUCCUCUUUUUUGACUCUUUUUUGUUUAGUGGUGGGUGUAGCAGAAGACAAAGUUUAGGAAGUGAGAAUGAUGUUGUCUUGUGUUUUUAGGGCAUGCCAGAUUUGAGAUUUGUUUAGAAUGAUCAUAAUCAUAAUCUCUGCCAAACCCAGCUUUUGUUCUUGUGGUUUGAGGUCUGUAAUGUAAUAUCAGUAUGUUCUUUGCA